AUGAGUAGCUUAACCUAUUUUCGUCCUGAUGUUUUAUUUCAGCAAACUGAGGUAUCUCAAAGAAAUGAUGCCCAAUUAAAAAGAGAGAGCCGAAUUCAGCAGAUAAAAGACCAACUAAACGAAGAAUUUCAAAUGACUUUGCAUUUCGCUACUCAAGACCCAACUCAUCCAAGCACAAUUCGCAAACUCAAAGAAGAGUACAAUAAGUUGGCAUUUAAAAACAAACAGAAAACCCAGACACUGGAGCAACUAAAAAUUGAAUGAAAAUUAUUGAAUCCGCCAAAAAUUAAACAAGACUCGAGGUUUUUAACAUCAUCUACUCUGAGUCAAAGGCAAAUCACUUGCUGCUCAAGCUUUAAGUUUAAUGAAGGGGAUUACGAAGAUUUAAUUGCUAAUUUAAAAGAAGAAAUCUCCAAAACAACUGAACUUUUAAGCGUGGAAGACAAUGUAACCGAACAGCUGGAAUUUAUGAAAGAUUUAGAGAAGAAAGACUAUGUAAUUUAUAUCUAGCUAAAAUUGCAAACAAAAUUAGAUGAGCUGAGAUUCCAAACUGGCAAAAUAUUGAGAUUUGAAGAAGAAAUAUUAGAGACACAGACUAAAGCAGAUAAUCAGUUAAUAUUAGCAUUAACUGAGAUGAAAAGCACUAACUCCCCCCCUUCCGUGAGUGAACAAAAAAUUUGUUCACUCACGGAGGGUUAAUUUUUUUUUAAAAAAAAUUAUAUAUAAAUUUUAUAGAAAAUUAUUGUUAUUAAAAAAAUCCUAAUUUGCAAAAAUUGGGAAGCAAAUAUUAAUUUAAAUUUAUAAAAUUUAUUUUAAAACGCAAUUUGUUUAAAAUUUAAAGAAUUAGCUCGAGAUUUAUUAUAAUAAUUAUCACUUAUAUAUCAAUUUUUUUUACAUAAAAUUUUUUUCUAUUAAAAAAUUUUUGUUCAGGGUUUUUGGGCAAAAAAUAGGUAUUUUUCCCAAUGGUUUUGUUCACUCACGGAGGGGGAGUAAGCAUGAAAUUGAAAAAGAAAAAGUGAAUAGGGAGGAAAAGAUUGAAAGUAUGGUUAGAAAAGAAGAAAAACUCAAAUCAAAUAUCGCAACUUUGGCCCAUCGAUUUUCUGAAAAUAUGGUUUUAUAUGAAGAAAACAAUGAGUUACGAAUUAGCUUGGAAAAAGAAUUGGAGAUCGCUACACAGGACUAUUCGCGGCUAAAAUCGCAAAAUAAGCAAUUCCAAGCUCAGCUUGAGUUUUAUAAUACAGAAUUUGAAAAAAUUAAGCAGUAAAACCUAUUUAGAAUCGUAAAAGAGUCAGGCUGCUUAGGUGCAGAUCCACAGUUAGUGGCUUCUUACACUCCUCAAGAGAUUGCUUCAGCUUUAUUUAGUAUGAUUAGCAUUGAGUCUCAGCUUCAAAAGCGAUUUGUUGAAUUAACAUCAAUCCAUAACUCGCUCAAGUCUAAAUGCGAAACAAUUUUUAUAGAGUUAAAAGAGCUCAAAGAAGAAGCCAAAUUUUCCGAUAAAAUUGAAGAAAUAAAAAAUAAAGCUCACAUUAUAAUGAAAAAUGAUGAAAUCACUACAAACGAAUUGCUUUCUUCUAUAGAUGAGGUCAACGGGAACUCUGCUCGGGCAGAAAUAAUAAAAAAAUACGAAAAAUUCAGCGUUUAUUCGAUAAAAUACCUGAUUUCGGUAUUUACGAAAAUGUGAAAACAGAUAGAAAUGGUUGCUAGUAAAGCUUCUCAGCCAGAUUCGAUGAAUGUAUAUUUGAAUAGGUCAAGAAGAUUGUUUAGAGACUUACAAGAAGGAUUAACCCCAAAAUCGCAUACAAAGGCUCUUACACAGCUAACGCGAUUCGAAAAUCGAAGAAGAAAAACUGUAAAAGUAAAUGAAGCUCCACCUAAAUUGGAAACGGAAAUUAUAGAGCCAGUUAAAACAGAGAUAAAUCCUUAUUCUAAGCAAGAACUAAUAAAAGAUUAUCACGAAAUUUUCCAUAUGAAUAAUGAUAUAGCAAGCAUGUUUGCGACUGAAGUGCUAAAAAGCAUUGUUUCGAAGUAUUUUUUAGAAAAAAAUGAUAUAACAAGCUUAUUGAAGGAGUUCGGGCAGGAUAAUAACUUACUCCCCCACUCCGUGAGGAUAAAUUUUUGUUCGCUCGCGAAGGGUGGAUUUUUUGGCAAAAAAUAGAAUUUUUUUAAUGGUUUUGUUCGCUCACGGAGGGGGAGUUAGAUGAACUAAGACUGGAAUAUUUGCAUAAACUAUAUUCUGAAGCAAAUAAGAAUUUAACUAAAAAGUUUGCAUUUUCUAUUGAAUCUUUGUUGUCAGCAUUAAAUACAGUACAGAGAUUUGUGCAAGAUGAGUCAAUUAAAAUUAGUGAAAUUGACAUAGAAUCUCUUCAAAAAAAGGCUACUCAGAACUCAAUAUCUAAUAUAACUAGGACAAUAAAAAGAAGGCAUUCAACUAAGCACACAGUUGAAGAUUUAAUUAAAUCAGUGUUUCAAUUCAAGCUGAAGACAAUCAGGCAAAAGAAAGAAUUAAGGCCCAAGCUCAAAGCAGAUUUUGAAGACUUUGUAAAAAGUGUCAAAUUUGAUUGAAAUAAAAACAAAGAUCUUCAGACAAAUAGUGAUAAGUUCAUGGGACAGCUGGAAUCAGAUUCUGAUGAAGAAGAAACUGAAGCAAAAAGCAAGGAAAGUUUUCCUGACUCCCCCCCCUCCGUGAGUGAACAAAAAAAUUUUGUUAACUCACGGAGGGGGUUAAUUUUUUUUUUAAAAAAUUUAUUGCUAAUUUUAUAGAAAAAAUAUUUUUUUCGAAAUUUUAAAAAAAUCCUAAUUCGCAAAAAUUGGAAAUUUAAUUUUAUAAAAUUUAUGUUUUAAAAAGCAAUUUGUUUAAAAUUUAAAGAAUUAGCUAUAGAUUUCAUUAUACUAAUUAUCACUUAUAUAUCAAAAUUUUUUUCCAUAAAAAAUAGCGAUUUUUCUAAUGGUUUUGUUCACUCACGAAGGGGGGGAGUGAGGUCAAUAAAACUAGCACCUCAAAAUCUGUAAUGAAAGCACGUAAUGGAAGUUUAUCUAUGAUAAACUUGCCAAGAAUUGGCAAAAGAUAUAGGGCUAUGUCUGAAAUAAGAGAAAUUGAAUCCAAGAUACAAAGUGUCAAGCAUUUUGAAAGUCUUAAGAAAUUUUAA